AAAUGUCUAAGUUCCUCGCCAAAUCUCCAAAGCACUGCGCCGAAAAGCACGGAUUCUUCAACAUAGAAAGGUUACCAAAGAAGCUACUCUACGCAUUCUCCACCUUUCUCCUCUCUGUUUUCUCACUCAUCUUCAUCGUCUGGCUCAUCCUACGCCCCUCCAAGCCAGAAUUCUACCUCAAGGAAGCAGACAUCUACCAACUAGACCUCACAGACCCUCACCUUCUUAAUUCUUCCAUACAGAUCACUUUGGUCUCCAUGAACCCAAAUAAGAAAGUUGGAAUCUACUACGACCAGCUCCAAGUCUACGCCUCCUACAAGGGCCAACAGAUUACUGUCUACACUUCACUUCCACCAUUCUAUCAAGGCCAUCAAGACAGCAAUCUCUUGACUGCUUCCUUGGUAGGAGCGGGACUCCCCGUAGCCCCAUCUCUUGGUUACGAAGUGGGUCGGGAUCAGACGGCCGGUACUCUUAUUUUGAGUCUCAAAGUGAACGGAAGGCUCCGAUGGAAGGUUUGGACCUGGGUUUCCGGCAGAUAUCGGUUUAAUGUGGAUUGUGUUGCCAUCAUCGCCUUUCGCCCAAACGUUGUUGUACCACCCACUCUCACUUCCUCCAAACUAGGCUCUCAAUGCUCUACUAUUGUUUGA